UUCAUAAGCAACGUAAUUCAAACAAUAGAGGUUAGACGGUGGGCUGACCCCUCUCACGGGCUACCUGAGCCCGCUAAACUUAUCUCGGAUAUGUCGUUCUCUCGCCUCUCUUUUGUAUUUGUCGUCGUGUUCCACGCCUUUCUCCAUACGCGUUGCAGCGGUGGUGCCAAGAUCGUGGGUUACCCGAUAAUGGCGGGAAGCCAGUACAUUGGGAUGAAGAGAAUCGCGCAAGAGCUAGCCGCCAGAGGACACGAGGUAACCCUGUUAGUUAGCUCAAUCCAAAAGUUCACACCAACAGAAGGGAUCACACAUGCUGUUUACCAAGUACCAGUGAACAAAAGCUUUAUUGAAAACCUUGUUUCCCGCACAAUAAAAAGCGGCUUUAAGGCGUUGUAUGGCAAGAAUAGCGUGGGAGCGGCACAAGAGAUGUUUUGUAAGGCUACCUUGGACGCUACUGACAUUAUAGACCCUAUGAAGAAGUCCGAUUUGAUCAUUACUGACUCUUCUAUGAUGUGUGGCGCAGUACUGGCUGAGUAUUUGAACAUAACUCGUGUUGAUUAUUGUUCAAUUGCCCCAAGUCUUUCUACAAUGUACCAGUACCACGGACCGUCAUUUCCUGCGUACAUCCCACAAUUAAUGUCAGGCAAUCCCGCAAGAAUGAACUUUCUUCAAAGAGUUAAGAACACUUUUAAUUAUGUGGCUGGUCAAUUAAUAGCAAGAGUGGUGAUGUUUCCAAAGUUUGAUGAGAUCAAGCAAAGAUAUGGUAUCAAUCCUGAGAGUAGCUUCGCCGAGGCUAUAGGAAAGGCUCAGAUGGUUUUGUUUCUCUACGACCCCGCUAUAGGAUACGCCUUUCCGUUAUUACCAGGUCACAAGUUAAUCGGUCCUGUGAACAUCCAGCCUCCACGACCCCUUUCCUCAGAGUUCCAACAGAUAGUUAAGAAGUCAGAUGGCGUCAUCAUUGUAUCGUUCGGCUCAAACGUCGCCGCCAUUGCUAACAAGGAAGUCGAUGUUUUGACAGAGGCGUUUGGUCGGCUCAAAGAGACAGUCUUUUGGAGACAAAAAGGGUACAUUCCAGCCAAUCUGAGCCCCAACAUCAAAACCGUUGAAUGGCUUCCUCAGAAUGAUCUCCUGGCAAAUGAGAAAACGCGCUUGUUUGUGUCACAUCUUGGUCAGAACAGUUUAUACGAGUCCGGCUAUCGCGGGAUUCCUUUGGUAGGAGUGCCGCUCUGGGGAGAUCAGUUCGACAACGCUGUGCUCGUCAAGGAUAAAGGACUGGGGCUAGUAGUCGAUAUUCACACGGUGACGGCUGAUGAGUUUUACCGAGCAAUACGACGAGUUAUCGACGAACCUGGGUUCAAAGAAAACGCGGCGCGUAUUUCCCGCCUUAUGAGGGACCGUCGACGAUCCCCGACAGAGGAAGCUGCUGAUUGGAUAGAAUACACAUUACGUCACGGAAACUUGACACAUCUUCGUCCCGCCUCCGUUCAUCUGACCUGGUACCAGUACUUUCUCCUAGACGUCAUGCUCUUUAUGGGCGUGGUUCUGCUGUCUGUUGCCAUGGUGAUCAGACUUGUCUUCAAACUUGUCUGCUGGUGCUGUUGCCGAAAGCAGACAAAGACAAAGACACAGUAGCGACUAGACAACGAUCGAAUGGGAAACUUAAGCGACUGAGAAAACUAACAAAUUUCCCCCCGGCCUAACCUUCCUAACGUCCUAACACCCCUCGGCUCCUCCUAGGUUUCUCGUGGAAGGGGAGAUGAAUCACGUGAUAUCGUACAUAAGAAUUUUUUAAGUAGCAAGAUUUUGAACAGUAUAAAGCAAUUACUUUAUGAACUUUAUUCUAUUAUAUCACAACAUCUUUUUGUGUUCCUGUAUAUAUAUUCAUUUGUUCCAUCAGUCGGCAGCUUCUUCACUUUACGGGACUGUACAGUUUUCAAGUCAUGUUCGUUUGCACUUUGACAGUAAAGCUUAUUUUUUUUUU